UCUUGCCAAUACUGGGAUAUAAUGAAGUUGAAUAGAAAGUGGAUUGUUUUGAAUCUGCUAUUGUUUGUAAUAGCAAGAGCAGAAGCAGCAAAAGGUACGAUUGAUAUUACUGCUGAUGAUGAAUACAACUUGUUUGUCAAUGGUAAGAAAGUAGGUUCUGGUGAUGCAUGGAAUCAGCCACAACACUACUCAAUUGAUAACCCAGAGAAUGUCAAAGUGAUUGCCGUAAAGGCAUGGGACACUCUCUGCAUAGUAUCGGGACUCAUUCUUUCAUUCCGUUAUGGCGAUUUCAUUCUUAAUACUAACAGUAGCUGGAAAUGCGUCACUGGAUAUGUUGAUCCAUCAUGGAAUCAGCCUGGGUUCAAUGACAGAAACUGGCCCGCAGCAGUAGAAUUUAGUACACACCGUGACAACUCCUAUCAUACUGUCAGAGUAGGGAGAAAAGAUGGUAAACCUUGGUGGCCUACAAUUGACAAGGCAGCAAGGGUGAUUUGGACCAGAAAUAAUUGCAGAGACAGAACCAUAUACUGCAGAUAUACCUUGGAGGUCCCAAGUCAACCAAAAACCUGUAACUUCAAGAAUAAAUGCAAAGACAAAUACUGGUGUAACAAAGGAACAUGUACUCCUAUGGUUAAUAUUGGAGAAAAAUGUAAAAAGAAUGUUCAAUGCAUGGACAAGUCAAAAUGCGUAGACAAGAAAUGCCAAACAAGUAGGCCACCAAAGACCUGUACAUUCAGUAAUGAAUGUAAGUACAGAUACUGGUGUGACAAUGGAAUAUGUGUUCCUAUGGUUAUUUUUGGAAAAAACUGUACAAGGAAUGAUCAAUGCUUAGGGCAGUCAAAGUGUGUAGAUGGCAUUUGUGAGGAAACAUGUAAGAUUGAUAAUGAAUGCUUACAAUAUGAGAAUGGCAGAAAGAAGUACUGCACUACAGGAGGACUUGCUGCAAUACUAAAAGGAAAGUGUGUUAUGAAACAUGAAUUCGGGUACCGCUGUGGAAGAAGUCCAGAAUGUCUUGGUAACAUGAUCUGCAAAAAUGGGAAAUGUAAAAAGGCUGAGGAAGUGGUCCAGUGCAGUCUGACUUGUGUUGGGCCAAACCCUAAGAAACCUGAUGCUAUCAGACCAGGAUCAAUUGUAAAUGUUACCUACAAUUGUAUCUUCUUGCGAAAAGGAGAGUUUGGUCAUAUGGAUGUUAGAGCUAAGAUAUGGCUAAACAAACACAAAUUGAUCGGCAGAGUGAAUGGUACAUCUCCCCAGAUCUUCAGUGGUUCAUACACAAAGGAAGCCGGAAAGGGGGAAUUUGCUGUUGCACUAGAAGCAAGAAUGAGCACUUGUGUGAACUUAAAGCCAACAUGCGGGGCUAAUAGACACUGCAUCUUAUUCGCAGGACAAUAGAACAACAGUACACUUGCCUUCCAGACACAUAUUUUACAUAGAAACAAUACAAUGGACAUUUUAAAAUUAUCCUCAGCUGAAUUUACCUCUUGUAAAUUAAGUUUCUUUAAUCGAUUGUAGUAACUAUGGAUUCUAAGUAAAAGAACAAAUUUUACAAAAGGUAAAUUCACCUCUUGACUUUACUUUACGUACAAAAAAA